AUGCCAUCACCACCCGACCCCAAACGCGCCGCCAUAUCGCAAUACUGGCACUCCACAGGCUUCACCGGCACAAUCGCGCGCGCAACCCUCCGCACCCUCCAAUUCAUCACCUCCAUAAUCCUUCUCGGCAUCUAUGGUUCCGAUCUCUCUUACUUCCCUUCCUCUACCGGUAUCAACUCGCCAGGACGCACGAAUUGGAUUUUCGCUAUCGUGGUCGCCUUACUCUCUGCUGUAACUUGCGUAUUACACUGUUUCCUCACGGUAAAGCGAUUGGGCUGGAUAUUCUGGGAUCUGGUGCUUUGCGUGUUAUACGCAGCUUUAUCGGGGACAUUUGGAACUGCAUACUUGGGUGCUGUGGAAGAUGCGGAUAGGAGAAUUACGCAAAGUGUGCAAGCUAUGAGGGCGGGUGUGGCUUUUGCAUUGAUAGGAAUGGGAUUGUGGUUGGUCACUUGGAUUCAAGGGAUCAGUUGGUGUUGUUCUGCUAGGAGGAUCACUAGGAGGACUGAUAGGGAGGAUGAGGAGGACGGUGUUGAGAUUGGAGGGGUGGGCAAAGUGUCGGAGGAUAAUUGA